AUCUAAAAUCUGUAUAUGGUAUACAACUUAAAGUAUAUAUAUGCAGCUCAGCUCUGCUGGAGACACACUGCAAGUACCUUCCUCCCAACCGACUGCUUCCUUACCCAGUCAAGAAGACCACAAAGUUCAACAAUGGCCAUCACUGACAUCCUCUCUGCUAAAGAUAUUGAAUCUGCUCUCUCCAGCUGCCAGGCUGAUGAUUCCUUCAACUACAAGUCUUUCUUCUCCAUGGUUGGUUUAUCCAGCAAAACUCCUGAUCAGAUAAAGAAAGUUUUUGGAAUCCUUGAUCAGGACAAGAGUGGUUUCAUUGAAGAGGAGGAGCUGCAGCUGUUCCUGAAGAAUUUCUCCUCAAACGCCAGAGCCCUCACCUCGGCAGAGACCAAGGCUUUCCUGGCUGCAGGGGACACCGAUGGUGAUGGCAAAAUUGGAGUUGAAGAAUUCCAGUCUCUGGUGAAGGCAUAAACAGCAUUAGACCAAAGGCAACCUUGGACUGACUCUGCCAAUUACCUCGUCCAGCAAGCACUUCGCACUCAGCAUGUGUUUGUACAUUUUUAUAUUGUUCCAGGCAUUAACAGUUCCCCACACAUGAAGUUCACACACCUGAUUGCUGAGAAACCUUGCAAUGUUUUGGUCACAUGGCAUUGUUACAUUUCCAUUGUAAAGAAGGCACUUUGUGAUUUUCCACCACUGAUAAUGUUGAAAUUGUGGCUGGGAGAGGGGAGAAGACAAUUAAAAAAUCAACUAAACAAAAAGACCUUCGGGAGAAAAAGCUGCUUUUAAAAAUUUUAUUUAGGUUCUCCAUCCUCACACUUGAGCAUGCUGACUCACCAGACAAAGUUUUGAUGAUCUUAAAUCCUAUCAUAUCUUCUCAGGCUUAAUUGUACUGAUUUAAUUGAGGUUUUAUUCUGAUUAAUUCUCUGAAACUUGAGGAAAAGCAAUGCUGAAAAGAUAGCUAAAAAUAAUUCAUAUUAAGUCCCAACCCUGAGAAUACAAGAAAAAAUUGAGACGUUUCAGAGGAGUUCACACCUAGCUCAAAGCACAGAAUAAGUUUGUGGGUAAUUUUCCAAAAUAAAGUAGUAGACCACAGCGUAAUCGUAUCACCAGAAA